AGCAGUGGUGAUGCAUCAGACAGACCAAGAGGUGGUUUUGGGAAACCAUCCAUGCCAAAGAAAAAGGAACCUGUCAAAACUUACAAGAGAGCUUCAGAUGUUAGAGAUGAAGCAGAAACAAGACCUCUUAAUAUCGGAGACUUCCAAAUGGCCAUUGUCAGGGGCCAUACAGACAGAGUUCAACAAUACAUGAACUUAGGUUUCCAUGUGGAUACAGAAUUGAAAAGUGGCUGGUCUGGUCUGAUGUACGCAGCAAACAAUGCCAACUCUGAUAUAAUAAAAGUGUUAUUAGACAAUGGAGCAAAUUCCAACUUUAAUAAAGACAUGGUAACAGUACUAAUGGCAGCUUGUGGAGCAGGAGGGUAUCAGGAAGAUGAUGUGUUGGCUGUUUGUUGGAGUUGUUUGCUAGGUAACGGUGCUAAUGUGAAUGCCUACGACAGAUAUCAUACAUCACCAUUGAUGUAUGCUUCCAGGGAAGGCCGUGUUAAAGUUAUAAAAAGAUUAUGUGAAGCAGGGGCAAAUGUGAACAAACAGGACAACAGGGGCUGGACGGCGUUGACUUGGGCAGUGAUGUUAGAAAUAUUAGAGGGUAAAAAACGUGAAAACAGUCAACCUGAAACAUCAGUACAGGUACAAGAUUCUAGCUCAACACAAGACUCAAGCUCAAAGGAGGCCUAUGGUACAACAUAUGGAGAUUUGGAGUUAUUUCUAUGUGGCCUUGACCUUAGUAAUCUUGUAGAUGUAUUUCGACGUCAACAGAGAUUCAGCACUUUCCUGCGUCUCACUGAUGAAGAUUUGAUCAAGAUGGGUAUAGACAAACUUGGUGUGAGGAAGAAGAUAUUAGAUGGAAUUCACUCAGUUCAUAAGAAAGAAUGGGAGAAAUCUAGUUUACCUCAAUUACAAUAUAACAGACAAGUUAGUUGUGCUGAAGGUCUAGCAGUCAUUGCCAACAUAUCAAAACAUACCAAAUAUAUCACUACAACAGUAGGCUUUCUACAAGAUCAGUUCAAAUCUAAUCCGAAAAUCCUCGACCAGCUUCAGGAUGGGACAGGACCGAAACAGUUAUUACAACACACACAAGAUACUCUAUAUAACAUUUCAACACUAGAGAAACAACUGCUCUCACUGAAAUCACAAUUAAAUAAGACUUUAGAAACAGGCAACUAUAACCCUCCAGAUAUAUUGGACAAAGACAGUCAGAAAAAGAUAAAUGGACGGUCAAGAAGAUUACCAAUUCUUGUUGUCAUGGCAACCACAGUGGCAGUUAUAGUUUGGAAAAGAGAUCUGUUAUGGAAUCAAUUUGAAAAAUUACUGCCAUCUACCUAGCACAGAUUGUGUCAUUUUAUGUUCUAGUCUAUUUACCAAUUUGUACAAAUGUUAAUUGAUUUUGGCAGGCAGAAGAUGCCUGUUCAGACAGAUUAUUUUAAUCAAUACUGAGACGGUUGGCCAUUUUGUAUAAGAUCAAAAUGUGAAAUGUCUGCUUUUUGGUUCUUAAAACAGUAAAUAUCAGGACAGGGAGUCUGUUGAUUAGGUUUUCUUACUUUGAUAUGAAAAAAAAACCUGGUGUGUAUUUUUGAAUUAAAGGUACAUUAAGCCUCAGAAAUUAUUAUCGUUUACGUUCUGUAAUAAAGACAAAUAUAUGUUUUAUGAUGUUGUAAUGAUAGUUUUAUAACAUGUAAGAUGCUUAUUAUAUGAGGAAUAGAGCUUUUGUAAAAGAUAGCAAAAUGUUAACAAAGGUGUAUUUUGACCUCCAUACGAGAUACUGUAAUCAGUUUAACUGUACUUAUUGCCAAAAUGUAAAAAGAAGCAAGAGAUUGUUUGUUUGUUUGUUUCAUUUUACGCCUUUUCCAAGCAGUAUUUCAGUCAUAUAGGAGGGUAGUUUCCUAACCAUCGUUCCUGCAGAGUUACACCAGUACUAGACUACCUUCCUCUGUGCUUAACUACCAAAGCAUCUCCCGGGGAUCGAACCCACGCCAGAGAGGUAACUGGAUAAGAAGUCAUCGACUCUAAGCCCUCAACCACGGAGGAGGUCAUAAGCAAGAGAUGGCUCAGCAAUAUAGUGAUUGAGUAGACUAGAAAACUGUGACAGGACACCAAAAAUAAAAAGUGCAAAACCGAUUUUUGCCACUUAAUGGGCCUUUAAAAAUAGUUUUGUUUUAAUUUAUGCUAAAUUGCUGUUUGUCAUGUAAUAAAGUGUUAUUGUCAGGCAUUUUCUUAAACAUUUGUGGUUUAGCAGUAUCGAGAUCAAAACUUUAAAAAGAAUCUCAUAACAAGUACAUGUAUAAUAAUUUUUUGUGUGAUUUUGACCAAAAAAGUAUUGUUCUUUAUUAAUAUUAAAAAAAGGAGCAGUACUUUCAUAAAAUUUUAAGUUUGUUUAAAAAUAAUCUGGUAUUACUGUUUCGACAACAUUUUAUUAAGAUAGAAACAAAUAAAAUGUUUAGUUUCUCUGAAAA